AUGUCUGUUGUCGGCUUCGACAUUGGUAAUUUGAACUGUUACAUCGGCAUCGCUCGUCAGGGUGGUAUCGAAGUAAUCACCAAUGACUACUCGCUGCAUGCAACCCCGACUUGCGUUUCAUUUACGCCGAAAAGCAGAUCAAUGGGUGUAGCUGCUCGUCAAUCAGUGAACACGAACUUUAAAAACACGAUCAUAAAUUUCAAGCAUAUGAUAGGAAGAAAGUUCAGUGAUGCCAUCACCCAGAAGUUUAUACCAUUCGUCCCUUGCGAAACAGUGCAAUUACCGAAUGAUGACGUCGGCUUCAAGGUUAGCUACCAAGGACGAGAAGCGAUCUUCACGCCGGAGCAAGUACUCUCUGCUCUACUUACCAAACUGAGGGACAUAAUUGAAAGUCAGUUGAAAGAUGUAAAGAAAGUCACUGAUUGUGUUGUGACGGUACCAUCUUAUUUCACUGACGUGCAGCGACGGGCUACUCAAGCAGCCAUUCAAUCUGCCAAUCUGAAUGCGUUACGAGUAAUGAAUGAGAACACCGCAAUUGCACUUGCAUAUGGUAUUUACAAACAAGAUUUACCCGAAGAGUCGGCUCGUGCACGGCAUGUAGUCUUUUUGGAUGUUGGUCACACAUCCACUCAGGCCAGUCUGGUAGCCUUUAAUAAGGGCAAGCUCCAGGCAACGGGACGAGUUCUAGUAUGGACGGAGUUUGUGCGACGAUCGAUGCUCGGUACCACCUAUGACCUUAAUGUUGGUGGUCUCUGGUUAGACGAUUUAAUCAGAGAUCGUUUCCGUCAAAUGUUCAAACAAACUUAUGGUAUUGAUGCGAAAGAAUCACCUCGAGCCUGGCUUCGUCUCCUCGACGAGUGUGAAAAGUUAAAAAAGCAGAUGUCGGCGAAUCAAACUCCUAUUCCUCUCAAUAUUGAAUGUUUCCUUCAUGACAAAGACGUGUCGGGUAAAAUGCAAAGGGCUGAAUUUGAAGAGCUCGCUGCUCCACUGUUUGAAAAAAUCCGUCAGCUGCUUUUGAGGCUCCUCCAAGAAACUGGAGUGAAAAAGGAGGAUGUCGACGAGAUCGAGAUGGUUGGUGGUUCGUCGCGUAUACCUAUAAUUCGCCGCAUUGUGCAGGAUGUAUUCAACAAAGAUCCUAGGACAACAAUGAACCUCGACGAGGCUGUUGCCAGAGGUGCGGCAAUGCAGUGUGCUAUUCUUUCACCGGCAUUCCGUGUUCGUGAAUUCUCCAUUAAAGAUUCUCAGCCAUAUCGUAUCAAGAUUACAUGGUCCGGCGGGGCUUCAGAAAGCGGCGAGUCCGACGUUUUUGCGGAGCGGGACGAGUUUCCAUUCUCCAAAAUGGUCUCCUUAUAUCGAUCUGAUGCAUUCCAAGUUGACGCUCGAUAUGCAUUGCCUAAUACUGUUCCACACACAACAUCUGCUGUCGGUUCAUGGCGUAUUACUGGAGUGACACCAAGUGCUGAUGGUCAGCCUCGUAAAGUGAAAAUAAAGGUUCGAAUAAAUCCAAAUGGUAUUUUCACGAUCUGUUCGGCAACUAUGUAUGAUACGCAGAUCGUUGAGGUAUUAGCGUUACUGAUUGAGUUAGAAAAAUUGGAAAAAAAUCCUUUAUUUAAGGAGUCUCCGCCACAACAAGAACAACCAAUGGAACAGGAUGGAGAGUCCCAACCACCUCCUGCGGAGCAACCCGCACCCGGCGCUCCCACGGAUUCCACUGCACCCCCACCCAAGCCUGAAGGUCCUCCAAAGCCGAAAACUAAGACCAUCACUACGGAAUUGGCGGUUGAGGAGCGUCUGCCAGUUGUCUACGAUGUUCAAAAAUAUACCGACAUUGAGCUGGCAAUGCAAGCAGCCGAUCUUCAUGAGAAACAGAAAGCCGAUGCCAAGAACGCUGUAGAGGAAUACGUGUAUGAAAUGCGCGACAAGCUGUCGGAUGCUUUUGCUGAGUUUGUCACCGAAGCGGAUGCUGAAGCCUUCCGGGCCCAGCUGACCAAAACAGAAGAUUGGCUAUAUGACGAGGGCGAAGACACCGAGAAGCCGGUUUACGAGCAACGCCUUAGUGAGCUGAAGAAGUACGGAGACCCCAUUGUUGAGCGCUUUAGAGAGGCCGAAGCCAGAAAGCCAGCUUUUGACGCCUUUGAUACUGCCAUUAUUCGUGCUCGUAAGGCUUAUGAAGAUUACGUGGCUGGUGGGGAAGCGCACGCACAUAUUGACAGUGCCGAUAUGGAAAAGGUGAUAAACGCUAUCGAGGAGAAAAAGCGUUGGUUAGAUGAAGCUCGACAGAAGCAGGAACGAAAGGCAAAAACUGAACCACCUGUAGUUUUUGCAUAUGAGAUCGCCCAGAAACAACAGGCAUUCGAAGCAGUUGUACUACCAAUCUUGAACAAAAAGAAGCCGGCACCGCCUCCAAAGAAGAAGGAACAAAAGGAACAAAAACCGGCAGAGCCUCCUGUGAAUGGUAAUCCGGCUGGAGAUAACCAGGCACCGCCCCCACCGCAACCAGGGGAAAUGGAAGUCGACUAA